CAAACAACCUAAUUAGUAGGGGUGGACACUUUACCCGAUAUCCGAAGUGGCAACCGAACCCGAUCCGAAAAUGCAUGUCAAGUUUUUUAUUUAAAAAAUUAACAAAAAAUUACAUCUAAUUUUUUUUUAAAAAAUAACUAAAUUAAUGCCUUUUUAGUGGACUAAAAUCUGAUUUGGACUAAAUGGACCAAAACAUAAUCUAGAACAUCCAAAAAAAAUCUGUAUGGACCAAAGGGUGUAAAAUGACCAUUUUACCUUUAAUGAUAGAUCAAUGUUGACUAUUAGAUCAGAUUAUCUAUUUUAUAAUCUGAACCCUCCAAUUUCUCCCUUAAAAUCGGAUCUCUCUCUCUCUUUUUCGCCUGGGUCCCACCGAAAUUUAAUCCAUCUUCUUCUUCUUCAUUUCACUUCAACUACACGAAAAUUCACUCCCUUCACCAACCAAAAUUCUCUUUUUCAAUUCUUCAUCUACAAACCCUUAACUCUGUUUCUUAUGGUUUUUCUACAGCUUAUGACGCUUUAAAAUAUCACAUGUACGACGUCUUUGGUUCAGAAAUCUUUAGGUAAGUGUAUGUAUACUCUCUCCCUCUCUUUCUCUUUCACUCUUCUCAGUCUUUUUUUUUUCGUUUUCUGUUUCGGUUUAGUCACAUAAUAUGUUUGUUAACGUUAUGAAUCAUGUUGUAAGGUUUAAUAUAAUGUUGUUGAAGUAUGAAGCACAAUAUUGUAGAACAAAUCAUUUUUGCUUACGGUACAACUGGUACAACUUUUAAAAAUUCGUUAAGAACCAGUGACACUGGUACAACUUAAAAAAGUGAAAAUAGUAAUACUGGCAGAAUUAGUAUUACUGUUAUUAUUCAUACGAAACGUACAACUAAUACACCUGCUAUAACUCUAAGUAACAUUAAAUAAAAAUAUGGGUAGAACUUGUAUAACUUAUAGUAGUCAUGUGCCGAGUGAACAUAGUAUAACUGGUAUUACUAGUAUUACUUAUAAUUAAUUACUGUUACAUGUAAACCAGUCUAACUGGUAAUACUAGUAUAACCAGAAUUUUAGCAACAGUAAAACUCGUAUAACUGGCAUAACUAUUAAGCGGUAAUGUUGGUUUUUACUCCUUUUCAGGAACUAUGGAUAGUAGUGGAGCUGUGGUGAUACAUUUUGAUCAUGGUGGAGACCGGCAUAUUUCUACAUUAGUGAUAAAAGGAAGAUAUGAGGAGAUUACUUAUUCUCACUUGGUUGAUAGAAUAUGCAAGAAAAUGAAUAUCGAUGUAGCUGCGACAAAGCUUCAACUUAGUUACUUUCCUCUGGUCGUGGAUAAUAAGAGGCCUUGUUAUAUUUUGGAUGAUGAAGAUGUUUUAGGAUAUUUAAUGGAGGUAGACAAGAAAAACCGGCGUAGUGUCUUGCAUGUGGAGCUUUCCGAAAUCAUCUCAGAAAAUCAGAGUAAGGAGCAUUUUUCUAUGAAUGAGGAAAUUCUGAGUGAUGCCAGAGCUAAUUAUGGUAUGGUUGAAGUUGAGGAGUUGGCAAUUGUUCCUCAAAAACAAUCAGAUGGGUACGAGCAUGAGAAAAGCAAUGGAGAGGGUGAUGAAAUGGAUGAUAGGGAGGAGUUGGCAGCUGUUACACCAGCUGAAGAAACAAUUGUCAAUGUUGAGUGGGAUGAUGGUAUUGAUAUGAGUAUGGAUCAAGAAUUUGCAACUAAGAAGGAAGUGAGGGAUUUAGUGGACAGAGGAGUGCAUUCGAAUUGUUUUGAGGUUGAUAUAUUGAAGUCGAAUCCUGUUCUUUAUGUAUUGAAAUGUCGUGGGGUUGGAUGCAGAUGGUAUUUACGAGCUGCAAAGCUGAAAAACUCGGCAUUUUUCACUAUCAGAAAGUAUAGAAAGAUGCAUACGUGUUCUCGGGGAGAGGGAAGUAUAAUUAAGAGGGGGAAAAGAGGCACACCAAGCUUGGUCGCAUCAGUGGUGCACGCUGAUUAUCCAGGCCAAUUCAAGACUCCAGAUCCAACUACUAUCAUAAGUUUGGUGAAGAACAAACUAGGUGUCAAGGUUUCAUAUUCUACGGCUUUGAGAGGGAAACACCAAGCUGUCAGUGAUCUGCGUGAUAACCCUGAGGAGAGUUUUGCUAGACUGCCAUCUUACUUGUACAUGUUAGAAAAGAUGAAUCCUGAUACCAUUACACGAUUAGUAGUGGAUGAGACUAAUCAGUUUAAGUAUAUGUUCUUUGCGCUCGGAGCUUGCAUCGAAGGGUUUAAGGCGAUGAGGAAAGUGAUAAUAAUGGAUGGAACUCACCUAAAGGGUGUGUACAAAGGAGUGCUUCUCAUUGCCACUGCUCAGGAUCCAGACCAUCAUCAUUAUCCCCUCGCUUUUGCAGUAGUAGAUAGUGAGAAAAAUGCGAGCUGGGAGUGGUUUUUGACUAUAUUGAAAACUUUGAUACCAGAUGAUCCCCAACUUGUAUUUUGUACUGAUAGAAACCAAAGCAUCAUAAAGAAAGUACACGAGGUGUACCCAUUGGCAAUUCAUGGAUAUUGCAAUUAUCACUUGUCUAAUAAUGUCAGUGGAGCAUGCAGCAAUGUUAACAAGAAAGGGGUUGCCAAAAAGUUCAGAAAAAUAGCUGGUAUGUACACACAGAUAGAGUUCAGAAAGUGCUACAAUGAUUUCAGGAGCACGUAUCCUCAGGCCGCCGCUUAUCUAGAUGACAGUGUUCAUGAGACCAAAUGGGCAAGAUGUAAAUUUCCGGGAGAAAGGUACAACAUAGAUACAACCAACACUGUUGAAUCUAUCAAUGGUGUUUUAAAAGAACCAAGGAAAUAUGCGUUGUUGCCUAUGAUUGAUGUGGUGGUGGGGAAGAUUGUAGAAUGGUUUAACAAAUAUCGACAGUUAUCUUUGCGUGUACCAGAGAGGCAGAUACUAGUCUCGUACGUGCAUGGGAUAUUGCAUCACAAUUAUCCGAAGGCAAAAAAGCUUGAGGUGAGGGAGCUAAACAGAUUUGAACGUCACUACAAUGUGAUUGGAAAGGACGGUCAAGGUUAUUUUGUUGAUUUGAGCAAUGGAACAUGCUACUGUAGGUGUUUUGAUAUUGACCGGUAUCCUUGUGUGCAUGCACUUGCUGCCAUCAUGGCGCGAGGAGAAAUGGCUGAACAUUAUUGUUCUAGGUAUUACUGGAUGGAGCAGUGGACUUUGGCAUAUUACAGGACAAUAUAUCCAGUGCCUCAUCAUUCUUCAUGGGAGAGUUACAAAAUUCCUGAAGAAAUCCGAUCUCAGGUUGUCUUCCCUCCUUAUGUUGAGAAAAAGAAAGGAAGACUACAAGUUACUAGAUUCCCAUCUGCAGGAGAAUAUCGGAGGAAGAAAAAGAAGAAGUAUCCACCAUUGGUCGGUGAAAAUGACGGAAGUGACAGCGAUGAAAGUAGCAGCGAGGGAAGUGGCAGCGAAGGAAGUGGCGACGAGGGAGGUGACAACGAAGGAAGUGGUCAUGAUGGAAAUGAGAACAAUGAAUAAGCCUUGAUUAUGUUUUUAUGUAUGUGAAACUUAUUUAAGUAUUGUGGAACUUGUUUAUGUGUUGUGGAACUUAUUUAAGUGUUGUAGAACUUAUUUAUGUGUUGUGGAACUUAUUUUAUGUAAUGUGCUGUUUCUGCCAAGUACUACAGGUACAACUGGUAAAACUUCAUAUAACAUAACACUCACGUUUCUGUGAUGUUAUACCGUGUUCCCUGAUCGAGUACCGAAUAGGAACACCAUUUACAGCAAACCACGCUUGCUGACUCUUAUGCGUAGAAAUGGUGCGGAGUAGCAACAUCCACAAUCCCAUCAUCUUUCUAGUUGAGGUGCAAACCAUGUGGAACAAGUGCUUGAACUGUGGGUGUUCAAGAAACCACCUCUUUUCUGAUUCAUCUAACCCCCCAAGGAUCGUCAUGAAUUUGUAUUGG